CAGUAAGUUGGUGUUAACAUCGGGAACUGCGCGCUUUUUUUUUCAGCCCUUUCCACUUAUGAAGCGUUUCUUUCAAAGUGAGCGAGGCGACAAGCCGCGGGAAUAGGUUGACUCCUUCGUGCAGCUGAAAGUCAGUCACAUGGUGAACGGAUGGAGCAGCGCUGAAAAGCUUCAUCAGAGAAAGGAGAGGUUUUAACCAGGCACACACACAAUCCACCUGCUGACUCAAGGGAUUCUCCUCAGGAUGCCUCACAAGAGCAAAAAGGAAUCCGGCAAAUCUGGAAGGUCCAAGAAAUCUGGAGGUAAAAAUGGGCCUGCUGAUGACAAGGAAAGCUCCGGUAAGAAAGUGCCCCCUGCCACCCAGCUGCUAAGGGUGAAGCAGCCGGGGCCACACUCGGCUGUGAAGAGGGAGAAGAGGUUCAGCACUUCAUCCUUCCCGCUCAGUGCUAACAGAGAGCUGCAGAAACUACAUGCUUUUGCAGAGCAGUACGAUUUCAGCCAAUCGGCUGCCUCCUCGGCCGCUUACAUCACUAACUAG